ACGAAGUAAAUGUAAAAUAGCUUUGCUAAGUUGCUUAAAUUUUUGCAAUUAAUAUUAUGAUGAAAACAGUCACAUAUCGUUUUUAGAGGGCAGUGGGGCUGAUUUACUAAGAAAUGUUUCUAAUACUCCACUAUGCAGUGAGAAUGAGGCUGAUAAAUCAAAUUUACAGGAAAAUCUCCGUUUUGACAGUGAUGACUCAGUCCUAGAUUCCGACUAUGAGGACUCAACUUCUACUAAUAAUGGAAAUAGUAGCAAUUUAGAUGAUGAUGAAUUGCUCAACGAGGCCCCGACUACAUCCCAAAGAGCUUAUUCGAGGAAAGAAUCAUGCACAAGACGGAACUUGGGGAAGGCAUACGUUAAUGUAAAGGGUGUUGUUGUGUCGGAAAGAAAAUUGAGAUCUCUUAUUAUUGAUUGUCGCAUGAAGUGCAAAUCAAAGGUUCCGCUUGCAUUUCAGAAAAGCAUUUUUAAUAAAUAUUGGUCGUUAGGUACGUACAAUCAGAGAAAUUUGUUCAUUGGUUCCUUAAUUGAAAUCAAAGACAAUAUAUGUAAAAACACCCAGAAAGGCCACGUGAGCGAAAAUUUCAGGCUGCUUAUUAUGUUGAGUUUGAAGGCCAAAGAGUGCAGGUAUGCCAAAAAUGCUUCCUGCAGUGUUUUGAUGAGAGUGCCAGUUUCGUCAAAACUGUUUUGAAAAAGAAAUAACACUAUCCUAACAGUGACCUUGCUGAUAAGCGUGGAUCAGGUGGAGAAAAAAAUAGACUUACGGUUGAUAAAGUUCAACUUCUAAGGGACCACAUAAACAGCUUUCCAAAAUACGAAAGUCACUAUACCAGGAGAGAUACAAGUUGCCAAUACUUACAUGCGGAAUUAUCCCUGGCCCAAAUGUAUACUUUGUUUUGCGAUAAAUACAAAGCCAACGUAGUUAGUGUUUCCUCAUACAGUGGUAUUUUUAAAACCAUGAAUAUAAAAUUUAAGAAGCCAAUGCUUGAUACCUGUUCUACGUGCGAAAAAUUUAGAGCUAAAAUUGCUAUUGCUAAACAGGAAUCCGAUGAUAUUCUACUACGUGAUUUAGAAAAGGAACUCUUAGCCCAUCAGAGUAAAGCAGAUUUUGCAUAUGAGUCAAAAAGAAAUGACAAAACUUGCGCUUCCAAUGAUCCCAAAGUUAAAGUGUAUACUUUUGAUUUGCAGCAGUGCUUGCCUAUCCCAUACUUAAGAAACUCAAUAAGUUUCUACAAAAGGUAGCUUUGGACCUAUAAUUUAGCAAAACCACUUUAGACGAACAUGCUCCUUUUAAAAAAUUGAACUUGUUAAAACGUGGUGUAAAUUCAAUAGCAAUAAGCGACAUAUCAAUGCAAACUCAAGACAUUAAGAUCAGCUCAAAAAAGAAAAAGGAUCUCCUUGAUUUACUA